AUGUCGCAGUAUCGGGGAAGAUCACCAAAUAGAUUGGAACAGUGGAAUGUCGGUCAAGCUGCCGCACAAUUGUCCUUUCAUCCUUCGAUAUGGGAUCCGAUCAUUUUGUUUCAACGUCCAGGGUUUGAUGGCGGUCCUCGAGAUGCUGGUUUUGAGAUCAUCAAGUUUCUUAGAAGGCUGGCGACCAAGAGAGACUACAAGAUUAUGACCAAGAGAGUUAAGAACAUUACGUGGCGAUGGGCUCUUGAUGGGUUUACGCUGGAAGAGCAAAGGAAACUUCCCGAGAAUCUAUGCGCGGUGGAUUUGACACCGGAUGGAUAUAAACCUCGUUCACCGCGUGGAGCGAAGGCACCAUCCUUGGAAAAGUCGUUGAUGGAUAUUUAUGAAGGGAAAUCCAGACGAUUUGUUGACAUGAGAAUGUAUGGCAAACACUAUGUCAAGCCCCAUCAGUGGCGUUACGUCCUCAACUUCGACAACCGAACACUGACUAUUUCGGCGCCUCUGAACAUCGAAGAUAACGUCUCACUUGUAUUCCCAUUUGCAUAUUUGGUAGAAGAUGGCAAGAACUACAUGAAACAGACACAAACAUACCUCAGUGGUCACCCUACCAGUGGAGAAGCCAAAGUUCUGAAAGCAUUACAGUCAAGAAAGAUACUCGAAAUCAAAAUCAGCAGGGAAGAGAGUUUGGACCGCAGGCCAAGAAGUCGUCAAAUCUCUACUCCGCCAGCAAAUACACACGAGUCUGCAAACACCCAGGUACAAGUGACCCCAUCACCAGAGACCAGAUUUGAUGAAAACAUAACCCCUCCAGCUGAAGUCCACCACGUUGGAAUCGUCACACCGCCCACCACUGAUGAGCGGGCGAGUGUGGUAUACAUGCAGCCAGCAAAAAGUGCGCCGCAAAGUCAAAUGGACUGGCAAGCCAAACGAAGUCAAAUCAAGCGAAUCAUGGGUGAUGAGGUCUACGAAAUAUUCAUGGCUAAUCUGCCAGCAAGCAGACCCAGAUAA